CGGAGCUGCAUCAUGUCCACCGGAUCUCUCAGCGACGUCGACGACGAGCUGCUGGACGGAAUCCUCAAGUUCUCCUCCGGUAAAGACUCCAACGACAGCACCGAGGAGAGCUCCACCGGCGAGGGCCCCGGGGCCGGCGAGGAGCGGGGCGGCGCGCCGGGAAAGAAGCGCAAAACAGCGUCCCGCAAAAGUGCACGGAAGGGCGCGGCGCCGCAGGAGGGCAAGCAGGUGCAGAGGAACGCGGCCAACGCGCGGGAGCGAGCCCGGAUGCGCGUCCUGUCCAAAGCCUUCUCCCGGCUGAAGACGUCGCUGCCCUGGGUGCCGCCGGACACCAAGCUCUCCAAGCUGGACACGCUGCGCCUGGCCUCCAGCUACAUCGCACAUCUGCGCCAGAUUCUGGCCAACGACAAAUACGAGAACGGAUUUAUUCACCCCGUGAACCUGACGUGGCCCUUCAUGGUCGCAGGUAAGCCGGACACGGACCUGAAGGAGAUGCUGAACUCGACGCGGCUCUGCGGAACCACCGCGUCCUGACGCGCCUUUCCUCCGACGGAACUUUUUAUUUUCCAGGAAACACGAAGAACUGAGUGGGAAUAAACGCCCGUAAAGAAUCUAAUUUAAAUGAAGUCUUUGCUGGUUCAAAGAUGACCUGCUUGUGUACAGUUUUCUGUGUAUAUAAAAUCUAUUUGUACAGCUCCGGA